AUGUCUUCUAAUUCAUCAAGUACUCCAUCAAAUUCUUCAGUUUCACAAUUUUUAUCAGUUUUGAUUCCAACUUUAGUCAUAUCGGUGGUUUUUUUUCUUGCAUUCAUUGCUAUACGUAAAAAGCAAAAAAGAGUUUAUGAACCACGUUCAGUUGUUAAUACUUUACCAGAUGAUUUAAAAACUGAAUCUCCUCCGCCUGGGUUAUUUGGUUGGUUAACUUCAAUUUUAAGGAGACCUGAAAGUUAUUUGAUUCAAAAAACUGGUACAGAUGGUUAUUUUUUCCUUCGAUUUUUAUUUGAAUUUACUUGUGUGUGUAUUUUAGGUUGCAUUAUAACAUGGCCAAUUUUGUUUCCAGUUAAUGCUACAAAUGGUAAUAAUAAUCAACCAAAUUCUCAGAUCAAAGGUUUUGAUAUUUUAACUUAUUCAAAUAUUAGAAAUAAAUGGAGAGUUUUUGCCCAUGUCUUUUUAUCUUGGAUUUUAUUUGGCUCAGUUAUUUUUUUGAUUUAUCGUGAAUUAGUUUAUUAUGUUACUUAUAGACAUGUUUUACAAACAACUCCAUUAUAUGAUUCUUUACUAAGUUCAAGAACUUUAUUAUUAACUGAAAUUUCAACUGAAAAAUUAACUGAUGACCAAUUAAGAUCUUAUUUUCCAACUUCAACAAAUAUUUGGUAUUCAAGAGAUUAUAAAAAUUUAGAAGAUGAAAUAAAAGAACGUAAAAAAUUAGCAAACAAGUAUGAAUCAGCUUUGAAUAAAGUUUUGACAAAAGCCGUUAAAUUGAAAAAUAAAUUGUCGAAAAAAAACAAACCUCCAAUUGAACCUGAAGAUGAUUUAGAUAAAUACUUAAAAGAUGGUAAAAAGAGACCAACUCAUAAAUUGAAAUUCCUAAUUGGUAAGAAGGUUGAUACUUUAAAUUAUGGUGCUGAAAGAUUAGGUGAAUUGAAUAAAAUUAUAGACAAGAAGCAAACCGAAUAUCAAACCAAUAAACAAUUACCUGCUGUUUUUAUAGAGUUUCCAUCUCAAUUAGAAUUACAAAAAGCAUAUCAAUCAAUUCCGUACCAACCUGAUUUCAAAGGUGUUAAAAGAAUUAUCAAUGUCACUCCUGAUGAUAUAAUUUGGUCUAAUUUACAAUUAACUGCAACUAAAAGAAGAAUCAAAAAGAUUGGCGCAAAUACUUUUUUAACUUUAAUGAUUAUAUUUUGGUGUAUACCUGUUGCUGUUGUUGGUGCAAUUUCAAAUAUCAAUUUCUUAACUGAUAAAGUUCCAUUUUUAAAAUUUAUUAAUAACAUGCCAAGUGUGAUCAUGGGUGUUAUAACUGGUUUACUUCCAGUUAUUGCAUUAGCGGUUUUAAUGUCAUUAGUUCCACCAGUCAUCAAAUUAAUGGGUAGAAUUUCAGGUUGUCUUACUGUUCAACAAGUUGAAAGCUAUUGUCAAACCUGGUUUUUUGCAUUUCAAGUUGUAAAUGUUUUUCUUGCAAUGGCAUUGGGAUCUUCUGCAGCUUCAACUGCUACUUCAAUUGUUCAAGAUCCUGGUUCAGCAUUGGAAAAAUUAUCAAACAAAUUUCCAACUUCAGUUAAUUUCUAUUAUUCAUAUCUAUGUUUACAAGGUUUAACCAUUAGUUCAGGUGUCUUGUUACAAAUUGUAGCUUUAAUUUUAUCACAUAUUUUGGGUAGAAUAUUAGAUGGUACACCAAGAGCUAAAUGGAAUAGAUAUAAUACAUUAGGUUCUCCAGCUUACUCAACACUUUACCCAGGCUUUCAAUUAUUAACUGUCAUUGCUUUAGCUUAUUCUGUAAUUGCACCAUUAAUUUUAGGCUUUACAGCAAUUGCUUUUAUUUUGAUUUAUUUUGCCUGGAUAUAUACUAUGGUUUAUGUGAUGAGACCAAAUCAAGUUGAUGCCAGGGGUUCUAAUUAUGUUAAAUCUUUAUUUCAAUUAUUUACUGGUUUGUUUUUAGCUCAACUUUGGAUAACAGCAAUUUUUGUUUUUUCAAAAAAUUGGGCUUGUGUCGCUUUAGAAGGUGUAAUUAUUGUUGUAACAAUUAUUGCAAGAUUUUAUUUUAAAAGACGCUUCUUACCAUUAGUGGAUGCAGUUCCAAUUUCUGCAAUCAAAUAUGCUGCUGGUGAUUCAACUUAUGCUUACCCAAUGCAUGAUCAAGGAUUAAAAGAAAUUAAACGUGAAGGUCAACAAUUUUGGGAAGGAGGAAAUCAAUUGGGUAUCACUGGUGAGCCAAAUGAACAAGUCUUACCAAAUAAAGAUCUUCAAAGCAUUGGUAAUAGUAAAUAUACUGGUCCCGAAGGAGGAGCUCCUUCAACUGUUGGUGGUGCAACUUAUGAUCCAAAUCAUCGUGGUAGUGAAUCAUCAGCUGUUGAUACAAAAAUUGGAUUGAGCGAAUCUGAUAAAUAUGUUAGUCAUGGUGGACCAUUUGAUGAAAAGAAUUCAAGAAUCCAAAAUGAAGAUCUAGAAAAACAUGUUGGAAAUAAGAAUGCUAUGAAAGCAGUUGCAGGUGCACCUGGUAAAGGAGUUUCAUGGUUGAAAUUGUUUUUCAAACCAAAAAGUCAAACAUUUGAUAUGAUUAGAAAUAUUAUGCCAAAUUCCUACUUCAAUUAUGUUGAAUAUAACCCAGAAUUUAUAAGACAUGCUUAUGAUGAUCCAGCUAUUACCGAUGAAGAACCUCAUAUAUGGAUCUCAAGAGAUUCUAUGGGAUUAUCGGAAAUCGAAAAAAAUAAAGCUUUGAAAGAAGGUGUUGAUGUUCACGAUGAAAAUGCAAGUUUUGAUGAAAAAGGUAAUGUGAUAUAUACUGGCCCUCCUCCAACUUAUGAAGAAGCUAUUAGAGUUUAA